AUGCAGCCGAAGCUUGGGCUAGCUUGGCGAAGCUUGUCAAGCUUAGCGACUCUCGGGGCGGCGUUGGGCGGGUUGUUUGCCUGGAGCCUGGAGGAUCGAUACAAACGCGGCAGAGCGGGAGAGAAACAAAAAGUCCGACAUCCCCGGCAUAUCAACAGGGAUCAAAGGCUCGCGAGCAUUAGGACCUGCCUGGGAGGUACUACGGUGAUAUCGUAUUGCAAAGUGCGGGAUGUCGCGUAA